AUGUCUUUCUUUGGAUUUGAACAGCCACUUAACUUAGAAAGUGAAAAGCGUAAGUUUAGAGGAAGCGGGGGUGCAGGCAAGGAGAGUGAGGACAUUGCUGUCUACACGUGGGGUGAGGAGAGCUAUGAUGGUCUCGGGGAGGAGCUCCAGGAGCGUGGAGAUGAGCUGAACGACGAGACAUUCGGUGGAGCCGGUGUCGUUGGGAAGGACUUUGACUUCUCAAACACUGGUCAUAUUGCAGAAAAACCUCCCAAACCUGCGGAUGCCAGCCGCGAUGUGAGACCCUUGUCUCAGAUGUCCGAACAGCAGGCGCUCCCCGUUGCGUCGCAGCCGAGCGCAUCGUCUCGUCCAGUACAUACCCUCGAAUCUGUAUGGGAUGACAAGUCUCCUUUCUCUGUGUUACCACGGAUGAACGUGAAUGGCGCAAGCCGCACCGAUCUUCACAUGGUGGCGCAGUCUCAUACCCCUCAGCCUGCAAGGUUCUCACCCUUCACCCUUGACAACGAUGUCCAAUCGGGCCCGCUCAGUCUUGGUGGUAGCUUACACCAGGGCGCACACACGUUGGAGGAGAUUGAAGCGGAAAUGCGUGCUGCUACUGUCGCUCGGCUCCAGCAACAGCAGCAGCCACAGCCACAGCAGCAGCUUCCACUCUCGCAUUCUGGCCAGCUUCGGACACAGGUACGCCAGGGCACGCCGCAUGCUACCCCAACGCCCCCGCCUCGCCUACACCCGCACUCCCAGUCACCACGAUUCCAUCAUCAGCAGCAGCAUCAUCAGAUUCAGCUAAUCCAGCUUCAGCAGCAACAGCAACAGCAGCAGGAGCAGCAGCGUCAGUUUUUCGAGCUUCAAGAACUGCGUGCACGUGAACGGCAGCAGCUGCUUCAGCUAGAAGAGCGGCUUCACUUGGAGGAACUUGAACGUGAACGGCAGCGACAAAUGAGGCAGCAACAGCAACAGCUACAGAACGUGAAUAUUCACAACCAGCUCCUGCACCAGCGGCAUGCUUCUGGCGGUGUAAUCAGCCCUGCAUUGUCCGAUCGACAACGACGCGCCUCGCCUGUGGUGAACAAUCAUCAUAAUCAAAGCCAAAUUCCACUCGAUAUGCCGUUCCGACAGAGUCUUCCGUACCUUCCCCAAGACAUCCAGCUUCAGCAACGUUUGCUGGCGGAGAUGGCCCAGGAGGAGUUUCUGCGCAACAUGCAAGCGACUGCACCGCAGACAGAGCGGGAAGUGAGGGAAGAACGUGAGCUGCAGGAGUUGCUGAGGGCAGAGGCGAUGCGCAAAAUCAUGGAGGCGGAGCGAAUGGAGGAGAAGAGGAGGCGCAAACACGCGAAAAUUGCACAUAUGUCUCGUUAUAAUGACCUUAUGACACAGUCGGACAAGGACUUCAUAACGCGCAUUCAGGUAUCACAGCUAGUUACACAGGAUCCUUACGCCGAUGAUUUCUACGCGCAAGUAUAUGGUGCCAUUCUGAGCUCCAAGAUGGGCGUCCAGCCGCAAGAUGAACGUGUACUCAAAUUUGGAUCGGGCGGUGGUGUUGGGCUGGGGCUCGCCCAAAAAAUACCCGGACGACGGCAGAGUGCGAUGCAGCGUAUGGAAGCGCAGGUUGAGCGAAUCGUGAACAACGCGCGGCUCAGGGAAAAAGAGAAGAUUUCCCUUAACAACUUGCAGGGUGCGUUGGGUAAGACCUCGGGGAGAAGUUACAAAGCCGCACCUCGCCAGCUUCUCCAGGUCGAUUCUUCGACAUCACCUACACUGUCCCCAGCUCAUGCGCACAUAUCGAAAGCAGAUGCACUGUCCCUGCGGAAUGGAGAGGGUGCUGCUCGAGAAGCUGCCAAGAUUGGGCGUGAAGCACUGGGAACCGCAGCACAUACGGGUGAUCUCGUGCACAAAGAUCCGUUGACCCAUCGAGAGGCGCUGGUCAUUAUCGAGCGACUGUAUGACGUCGUGUUGGACAUUGAGCAGCUACGUCGUGACCCUCCACGACCAGAGGAAGAAAGAGAGUACCAGGCGUGGGAGGCAGAUUGUGGCUUUCAUGUAGCGCAGCUCUGGGAUGGCCUCCGGGUCAUGGUUCCACUCGAGACAAGUAUUCCUCAUCCAUUCGUGUCGCUUCUUACGCCGAUCAAAGGCAAAAGGCUGCUUCCACGAGUCGUGCCGCAUCUCAGCACCCAACAGAUGUUGACUGUGCUCACUCUAUUGGUCGCGUGCUUCUCUCAGUUGGAUGUGGUGAUCAAGGCGCCGGUCCUCGACAGUCUGCAACAAACUCAGGAGGACAAGGAGGUUGAAGAUCAGACACAGGCGUUCAUGCUACACACCAUCCACAGCAUUCUUCCGGUUGUGGCUAAGGCCGGCUUGAGGCUUGUCAGCGGCCUGCUCGGCUUACUCCUGGAGCGAUCUGAUAUUGUUGCAAUAGCCCGUACACGACCUGGACUAGCGUUGUUGACGCUUUUCCUUAGUCGGGUUGAGGUAAUAAAGCAAAACAUAGCUGCCGCUACGGAAUCUUCAGAGGCACCCGCCCUGGAAGAGCACGAUCAAUGGCAACUUAUGUUUGAUCACUUAUUCCAACUUCUAAUGCCGAACAUCUUGCUGCUUUUCCCCUCUAUUCGUCUGAGCGCAGUCGUGGGCAUGCCAUUUUCCAACAUUCCUCAGGCCGACGUUAUGGAUCAACCAGUCUGGCAGUACCUUGCCGCGAUGGCGCUACAUGCAUCUGCGGAGCAACAGCAGCUCUUGGUAACAUCUCUUCGCGAAAUUGUAUUAGAAAACGUCACCAGUGUCCACAAAGGGUGGAUUACAGAUGAUGAGGCGAGAAAAAUGCGGCUGGCGAACGUCAACAUAUUUUUGCAUGCUCUCGGCCUGGAUAGUUCACAAAUUGCGAUGUAA